UCAGGAUUUAAUGUUUUUACAUUUUGUUGUCUUUUUCAUUUAAAAAAAAAAAAAAAGGCAUAUACCAUGAGCCCAGCUGAUGGCCUGAUGCUGUGGAAAGGAGAGAUCCUCUUCCGUGGUCCCAUCCACCCAGGUUGUUGUGGCUUUGUGGGGUUGUUGGUUUUUUUUUUGAUUCACCAUUGAGCUGAUUCAACUCUUUUUGGCAGAAAAAACUAAUUUUCCAGAGUAAAGUAUUUGGCUUGUGAGUUAGAUCAUCUAUGAAGGUGAUGUGUUUGGAAGUUUGAUGACUUGAAUCAGCUCAGCAAAGGCUGUGAAAUGGUAGUGAAAAAGAGGAGCAGGACACCCCUGCAAAGGAAGAACAGGACCCUGCUUUUGUUAGCAGCCAGCAAUGAGGUUGAUCCAGCUCUCUCUUCAGACCAUACAUCUAGUACCGUUCUUUUCUUGGGGCACCUUUAGAAAAUGUAGAAAAAGCCACAAAUGAAUAUAACACCAGUGAGGACUGGGGUCUUAUUAUGGAUAUAUGUGACAAAGUUGGAAGUACUCCUAAUGGAGCCAAGGAUUGCCUUAAAGCCAUCAUGAAGAGAGUAAAUCAUAAAGUUCCUCAUGUGGCUUUGCAAGCACUUACACUUUUAGGAGCCUGUGUAUCAAACUGUGGAAAAAUAUUUCACUUAGAAGUAUGUUCUCGUGAUUUUGCUAGUGAAGCUCGAGGUAUAAUAAAUAAGGCUCAUCCAAAAGUAUGUGAAAAGCUAAAAACUCUAAUGGUGGAGUGGUCGGAAGAAUUUCAGAAAGACCCGCAGUGUAGCUUAAUAUCUGCAACUAUUAAAUCUUUAAAAGAAGAAGGUGUAACUUUUCCUGCAGCUGGAUCGCAGGCUACCACAAAUGCUGCUAAGAAUGGUUCAUCAUUAAGUAAGAACAAAGAAGAUGAAGAUAUAGCUAAAGCUAUCGAAUUGUCUUUGCAAGAGCAGAAACAGCAACAAAUGGAAACUAAAUCCUUGUACCCAUCUGCAGAAAUUCAGCAAAACAAUCAGAACUUGAGGAAGGUGCGAGCUCUGUAUGACUUUGAAGCUGUUGAGGACAACGAGCUCACCUUUAAAAGUGGAGAAAUUAUUUUUGUUUUGGAUGACAGUGACACCAAUUGGUGGAAAGGUGAAAAUCAUAGAGGAGUAGGACUGUUUCCAUCUAAUUUUGUGACUUCUGACUUAAGUGUGGAACCCGAGGCAGCAACGGUGGAUAAAAAUUCUGUUCCUGAGGAUACUACAGAAGAAAUUAAGAAAGCAGAACCUGAGCUGGUUUAUAUAGAUGAGGAUAAGAUGGAUAAAACACUGCAGGUACUUCAGAGUAUAGAUCCUACAGAUUUAAAGCUUGAUUCUCCAGAUCUUCUAGACUCAGAAGAUAUUUGUCAACAGAUGGGUCCAAUGAUAGAUGAAAAACUAGAAGAGAUAGAUAGAAAACAUUCAGAAUUAUCUGAACUAAAUGUGAAAGUUCUAGAAGCUCUGGAGCUCUAUAACAAACUGAUGAAUGAAACACCAAUGUAUUCGGCCUACUCAAAACUCCACCAUCCUGCACAAUACCCGCCUACAUCUUCUGGUGUUUCAGUGCAGUCAUAUCCUGUACAGCCACCUAGUGGAAACUACAUGAUCCAGGGUGUUCAUCAAGUCACCAUUUCCCCAGGUUAUAGCCUAGGACCUGAUCAGAUGGGGCAGUUGAGGUCUCUGCCUCAAAGUAUAAAUUCUUCUGGAGCAACUCAGCCAGCUCAAGCUGCGUAUUUAAGCCCAGGACCAGAUUCUGUGUUAAACCAGACGUACAUGAACCAGAACCCUGGCCUUCCGUCAGCUGCCAGCACAGCUGCUUACACCCAGCAGCAGAUGGGAAUGUCAGUGGAUAUGUCGGCUUACCAGAAUAAUACAUCAAGUUUGCCUCAAGGACCAGGUUAUCCCGUGGCAGUUCCUGCUCAUUCCGUUCUACAGCAACAAACAAAUUACCAUCAACAGCCUCUCCUUUAAAAACAAACCAGCUCAUAUUUCUGAAUUAAUGAAUAAAGGUUGCCAGACCUAAUGAUUUUUAUGAAUACCUGUCACGAAUAUCAAAAUACAUUUUCCUUUUAAAUAACCCAACUUACUGCAUUAGGGUGGUGCAGAGUAAAAAUACGCAUCAGAUCUGAUUGUUAAGCAUUUGCAUAAAGAUAGCUUGAACUAGAUUAGCUGAUGGUUUAAAAUAAUUUCAGAUUACUUUGAGCCCUUAUUUCAGUGCUUUCAAGAAACGUUGUGAAUCUUAAGUUAAAAGAUUGUUCAAAAAUCAUUUUCUUUUAAAUGUGUUUCUGAAAACUUGAGGGUGCUUAAUCGUUGUUAUGUGUUGCUCUCGUUAUGCAUUGCCUCCCCUGGUAUCUCACUAUAAUCCUUCUAUCCAAGUGGCUUUAGAGAAUCCCUGCAGAUGUAGAGACCACCUUCUCUCUGUGCUGCUGUAGUGAGCUUUACACUAUGAUGUGCACUGCCUAAUUGGAACAACUGCACGAGUUCAGCAGAUGAGAGCUGGAAGAGAAAAUGAUUUGAUAUUGUGACAGUGAGGACCAUGUACCUACAGAAACACGAGAAAUGAGAUUUUUACAGUGCUGCCUAUUAGAUUUUUGGAAACUACAGAGAACUUCUGAUGUGUUUCUCUUGAAGAAAACAGGUGGGGUUUUGCUAGAACUCGUUUGUGUCUUUUGGCAGAGGGGGUACUGCAAGCACAAGUCUCCUUUGCAAGAGCAGGCAAGGGAUGCUCCCAGCUGACUGUGUGGGCACUCUGUGGAUACAAGGUGCUGAGCCAGAAACUUGUACAGAAUCUCUUUUCUUUUCCUUUUGGAUGUAUUUAGAAGUGAAGGAGUAUUGUAGUUCCUUGUGGUAAAGGAGGAGGCUCAAGAAUGUUUGAAGCUUCUUAAGACUGUGAGAAUCUGCCUUGUUCCCUUUCCAACAGGGAGCCGAGUAGAACAGGAAUUGUCUUUAUGGGACCAGGGGGUUCUUGCCUCUCUUGGAUUUCCUUUCUCUGCCACCAUCUCCAUCUCUAAAUAAACGCCAAUUACAGUCAGAGAAACUCUUAAACCAUUUGGAAAAGGUGUAUUUAACACACUAUCUGUAUAGGCAGAAUACACGUGCUUUGUGAGUGGGAUUGUGCUCCUCAUUUAAUACAAGGAGUAGCUGCAUAUUGAAAAUGACAGACGUGUCUUUAGAAAAGGAAUUGCCUUGGAACUGUGGAAGCGUAGCAUUUGGUGGCUAAGAAAAGAAAUCUAAGAAUUUCUUCCCUGAUGCACUUUUUUAAUGGGUGGGGUUUGUACAAGAGGAGCAGAUGAGCUGAAUUAUCUUUCAGGAAUGUGGGAUUUCUUUCUUUUAUUGUUUAAACCUCUGAAAAAAAAAAAAAUCACUAUUUGCCUACUCACUUUAGCAUAGUCAUAUUUAUACCUAUUCUAACAAUUUUAUGAUGAGUAAUAAUCUUUAAAUUGGGAAAAUAAUGGAAGCAAAUCACUGAUAAAAUCAUCUUGAUUAAAUGCAUGAAACUCCCAGUUGUCUAAAUAAGUAUGUUUGGUGUAUAAAUUUUCGACCAAAUGAGAACUAUCAGAUUGUAGACUGUUGUUGAGUAAUAAAAUCCACCCUUCACUCAGCGCCACCUCCAUUUCUUUUACAUUUUAUUUAAUUAUUUAGUGUCAUGACCUUGUUCAUUUGCAGCCUCAUGCUUAUGCAAUAAGGUAUUCAGUACUUGCUCUUUAAAUCAUUUUUUUUUAAUUUAAUUUGUGCAAUUGGAAGGAAGCUUUUGUCUUUCCUUUUGACAUGACUUUAAUUUGUCUUUAUCCUUCCCCUUGAAGUAGUUUAGUAUAAAUAGCACGUGUUGCAAUACUGAAGUAUUUUGAUAACUUGUUCCUGGGGUUCUUUAAGAACAAUAAUUAAUUUCACUGCUGCUGUUCAAAAUUCUUAUUGUUUGGAGAUUUUUUGGUAAGAGUUUACUUUGUUCCAAGUUGGUAUGUAGUCAAACUAAACCUUGCUAUCAUUUAUAUAAGAUUGUCCAUGUUUGUUAGUAAAUUGAGAUCAAGGUAGGUAUUUUUAUUGGAUUCAAAACUUUGGUCCAGCAGAAAUACUGAGUAUCUUAAAUUGAGAUGGCUAGACAGAUGUGAUUUGAUUAUGUUCAGUAAUUAUUAAGUAUAAAUAAUGUAUAUACUCAUUUGUCUGAGAUUUUCUACACAGCUACAUAUAUGCAUACUGUUAAAGCCUGAAAUUUUAUAAAAGCAGGAUUUGUCAUUCUGUCAUCUCUUAUAUUCCUAAUUCUGUGAUAUGCAAUUUGUAGAUAGUGUAAAAUAAUUUAAUUAUUAUUAAAAUAGUGUAUUUAGAGGGGUUUGGUGUUAAUAGAAUCUGUUUUUUCUCUUCAUACUUCUAUACAUUAUCAUAUUUAUUUUUAAGGCCUGAUUGUAACUGAACAUGCUGCCAAAGGAUUUAUCUAACUUCAGAUUUCUACAUUAGGUUUCUACCUACUGUUUUAUAUCAGGAGUCAACAGUAGAUAACUUCUGCUUUUUCAUAUAAACUCUUAAUGGUUAACAUAGAAAUCUGUGCAACUUUAUAAUGAGAAUUUUAUUGUAAUAUAUUUGUUUCAUGGGUGUUGAAAAUAUUAAUACCAGAUAAAUUUUCUUCCAGUAUGGGUUGGCAACCUAUUAUGUCUAAGUUAUAGUCAGCUGAAAGCAACAAUUGAAUUUGUCCGUACUAUCACCCACCAUGCAGAGACGUGUUUUAAGAAACUGUGGUCUUUCAUCCAGCCUUGAUGUGACAAACGCAUUGUCGAUUUAAUUUGGUACAGAAAUUACGAUGUUAAAAAAUCAGAUUGUUUCCGUAACAAGUAAACCUUAAAAAUAAUGUUCUGUGUUCAUUUUACUCCAGCUUCUGUUCGUAGAUGUUCAUGGACUUGUGGAACAGUGUAAUUUCUUUUGAAGGCUGUCCCUUAGAAAGGAGAGCUGAGUGGGACAUGGCUGCAGCUGCAAUCUCUUACAGGAAUUAUUUUCUGAUAGGAAGGAGGGGUUUUUUUCCCUUAUUUUUAUCUAUGCAUCUUUUCUAAGAAAUAAUAGGCACUACUCUUGCUUACAUUGAACACUGUGAUGUAUCUGUUGAAUGAACGAAUAACUUUUUAGAAUUUAUGGCUCUUACCAGUUAAAUUUUACAUGAAGCUGACUCAAACUGUUUUGAAUUGGUGAAAAUGAAUAAUGAAGGAAAGGAAAUACAACCUGGACAGGUUCUGAGCACGUCUGAGCUUUCACAGCUCUGCUCCCUUCACCGGCACUGUGACGUCUUCUGGUUGGCCAGCGAGUGAGGUGGCCACCAAUGGAUGGCACGCCUGAACUUUGAAUUCAGACCAAGGUUCUACUUCUGUUUUGUCUGGGGUUUAAGGGGAAUGUGUACUGGUUAAUAGGUGUAUCACAGUUCUUACAGAAAAUGAUCUUAAAGAGUUUGCAGUAUUAAGAAUAGGGGAUCUGUUUUAUUGGAAUAGCCGUUUGGCCUCCUGUCUGCAAUAUGUGUGCAUUGCCUUGUACGAAUAAAACAAAAGUUUGUUUAACAAA